CCCCCCCCCCAGCCUUGCUCAGUCCUUGGUUCCCCUCAUGACGAAGUCACACAUCAUCUGCUUCCAACUGUCGACGUGCAUCCAACCACCAAAUGUCCUGUCAGAAAACACUCCACAAGCCUCGUUUCAGAAACGCGGCCCAACCCCGUGUUCAGGUUACCCGCGUGUUUUCAUCGUCAUUUAGCACGGCUCAGCUCGCCCCUUGGUCUAAGCUCAAGCUGUCUGACUCUAAAUGGUCGAGCAUCGCUAACCUUAGCCUCCUUUCGCGCUUGUUCGGUAUUUUGGUCGGAAUGCGAUAUUACAUUGCGGCUGACUGAUUGAAAAUUUGUGGUUCGAAAGGGGCGCAAGAAGGAAGGUUUGUUGACUGGCUACUGACAUGCUCUAACAGUCUAGGAAUAUUGAUUCUAUCACCACCACAUAAUGUAGUUAGCAAAGCAUGUUGUGACUUCAAAGAGGCAAAGACUGCUUGGAUUUUGGACCAUGUAAGUGCAUGGUGAGGUAUCCUUACUACUAUAUCCCAAAGUUCAGCAACAAGCUCACAAGAACGAUUUGAGAAUGCAAGAGCGCUGCUGUUUGGAUUAAUGCAUAUGCAUUGGGACU